CUACAGUACAGUACAGUACAAGAGAACGACUUCGUGCCCACGGUACUAAAUUUUGUCCACUAUGGCGGAUAAAGGACAACGACGGCUGGUCCUCAGCGAAGAAGAUUACACCUCCAAGCUAUCGUUGAUUGUUGCACGCGACUAUUUCCCGGAAAUCUCGAGGCUCGAGCGAGAGAACAGCCUCUUGGACUGCCGCUUGGCGGGAGACGCGAUCGGAGCCGUCGCCGUCCGCCGAGCAACGCGCAAUUCUUUAGAAGAGGAAGAAGCAGCCGCUGCUCGGCGGGAAGGCGAUGAUCGUGAUGUAUUGGAGUCCGAAAGCAAUGAAAACACGCUAGCUCGUCGAAACCCACCGGGUGCAAACAUACAGAUACGGAAACGCAUGCGUCCGUUAGAAGAAGAAACCGUGACCGGGUUCGUGAUGAGAGCAACAAACGAGGACGAUGACGAGUUUGACUCGAAUCUAAAACAAAACAUAAGAGAAAAUAGACAGAGACUAGAAGCCAUUUAUCAAACAAAAAGCAAUCCAACCAGCAAAACCAACGAAAACGAAAGGCCAGGAGGAGCCAUCAGCAACCUUUGCUUGGAGAUGGCAUCCGAUGACUUUGCUCCGGAAUCUAAUCGAACAGCAUGGAAACACAAACCUCUAAUGCGGAACGGCUUGUUCUUUAAUCCGACGCCGAUGAGAAAUUCGUCUGAGACAGACAGUGACGCAAUUGGAAAUGUAAGAGAACAGGCCCUCCUGAAAAAUUCAACUGCAUUGAUGGUGUUAUCCGAUGGUUCCGAUGACAUGCCACCCCCUUCGAAGCAGCAUACUUCCGGAUUGCUAUCUAACCGAAACGCCGGAAAAGAUAAAUUGACGCAAAAUUUGCUCAAGAGCCAGCUGGUGGAGUACAUACCGAAGCACAAACUCGAAAAGAAAAUCGAACCGAGCGCGACGAGAUUUCCGUCGAAUCCAUCGUUGAUUCCGAUUCCAGGCAGUGCUCUGCAUGGGAGUCUUGACGAGGAAACAGAUUCUGAUUCCCACACGGACUACAUGUCUUCGACGGAUGCUUCCACGGAUCUCGACGCCCCUCUUAGAUCGCUUUCGGAGGAACGCCGACGUUUCAAACGCAAGAAAGAAUCUUAUCGCCAGUCGUACCCAUACGUGGCAAUGUCGUCCCCGAGAGCCAAACAACAAUUGCCAAUCAGCACCCAUGGAGCCAUCGAUGGCCCACCAUUGGUUUUGUCACACCAGGAAGAACAACUAGAAAAACCGGAAUCGACUUCGUCCUUCCGAAUGCCGUCGAAAAACGAACGGGAGUUCGCAGCGAGCAACGCAGAAAAACUGAUGGCACGCAGGGCCAGGCUGGCGUCGCCCUCGUCCUUGCGUCGGUCUUCUCUCAAAUCGGGGAAACACAGUUCUAUGUGCCAGGCACUGGGACCCGGUUCGCUGACCCCGGCUGCCCUCUCCUUGAUGAAGGCAAAAUCGAUCAAGUUACGAAACCGAGACGCAUUCGGGUCUGCACUUAGAAGAUCCUAUACACCUCAAGUUGUCCACCGCUCGUCCUCGUCCAAGAGUUCUCGGAGAAGGAGAAGCGCAAAUCGACCCGGGGAUCAUGCCUACAAUGCGACGCCCCAAAGAUAGAAAUACGCAAAACGCUGGGUUAAAGUAAUAAUAAAGGAAGUUAAUCUUA